AUGCUAGAGAGUCUAGACCGGAAUGUUUUGAGCGCUAGUAGUCGCCCUGAGCAGCUGCGCCGGGUCGGAGGCCACCUGGCCGCCGUUGAGGUCGACGUAGACCCGAAGCGGGUACGCUGGGUCGACAAAGAGCAGUCUGGAGAGCAGGCGCAGGUUGCCGCUGAUGUACGACGUGCCGCCGAACCUGGUCUCGCUGGGGCUCGGGUAGCCGAGCGUUUUGGAGCCCAGCACGUCGAGAUAGAACUUGUCGUGGUAAUGGAUGGUUUUGGAGCCCGAGAGGUUGACGAUGUGGCCCGCCGCGAGCUGGCAGUCCAGCGUGAGGCUGUUGCGGAAGACCGACCGGAUGAGCUGCAGCGAGGACUCGAGCUUGACGAAUUUUUCCGGGCUGGUGUUGGACAGGCCUGUGAGCUCGUUUUUCAGGCUCCAGUGGACGCCGUUGAGCGGGAGCGCGUUUUUCGACGCGGGCAGGUACGUGAGGCUGUCGCACGCGACGGCGAGCAGCACCGACUCUUUGAAGUGGUCGCCCGCGUAGGUUUUGAUCUCGUCGCUGGCGCCGUCGUUGACGCGCAGCGUGGUUCUCUUGACGAGCGACACGGCAGCCGAGACAGCCGUGGUGAAGUGUCUGAACAGCUUCAGCUUCUCCACCCCCAGCGUUCCGGAGCCGACCCAUUGCUGCUCCGACUGGAACCGCGCGUCGUUCGUGUUGGACACAAACCCGUCCGCAAACAGUUUCAGCGACGUGUCCACCAUGGGCGCCUUGUACAGCACGUUGAGCAGCCGCACGGGCGAGUCGGGCACGAGGCCGGCCAGCGACGACACCUGCAGCAGCUCGGCGUUGCCGAACGUGUUGUUGUUGAUGUAAUUGAGCAUCAGCUGGUUGCCCUCUGGGGUGUAGACACUGCCGACGGUGGUGUGGGCCAGUUUUGCCGGGACAAGGUCGAAUUUGGCCGUCAGACACAGCGGGCUGUGUGGGUCCUGCGCGGCGGGCUCCACCUGGGCCGCGACUCUGUCGAAGCAAUUUGUGAGGGCGAGGUUUUCGAGGGCCGAUUGACACCUGCUGUUGAGCUGGCCGACGGUGAGGUCGGCGGAGGAGAGCAGCGGCGACAGCAGCUUGGUGAAGAAGUUGUCUGA